AUGAGCGCGUUAGAGUCGUCCGAGAUCUGGGGCCCCGACGCCGAGGGACUGGACCCGGAGAUUCUGCUCAUGUCGAACGACGAGCUGCGGCAGCGCAUCCGCCUGCUGGACAACGACAUCCGCAUCAUGCGCAGCGACAUCCAGCGCAUCAACCACGAGAGCAACUCGCAGCGCGAGCGCAUCAAAGAGAACCACGAGAAGGUCAAGCUCAACAAGCAGCUGCCGUACUUAGUCGCGAACGUCGUUGAGAUCCUCGAGCUGGCCGACGACGACGACGAGCAGGACGGCGCCGCGACCGACGUGGACGCGCAGCGCCAGGGCCAGAGCGCCGUGAUCAAGACGAGCACGCGGCAGACGAUCUUUUUGCCAAUCCCAGGGCUCGUGCCAUCGUCCACGCUGAUCCCCAAUGACCUCGUGGGCGUGAACAAGGACAGUUACUUGAUUUUGGAGAAGCUCCCGAGCGAGUACGACUCGCGCGUGAAAGCAAUGGAAGUGGACGAGAAGCCGACGGAAGAGUACAGCGACAUUGGCGGGCUGGACAAGCAGAUCCAGGAGCUCGUCGAGGCCGUGGUGCUCCCCAUGACGCACAAAGAGCGGUUCGACGCGAUCGGCAUUCAGCCCCCCAAGGGUGUGCUCUUGCACGGUCCGCCUGGCACGGGCAAGACGCUGCUGGCGCGGGCCUGUGCCAAGCAGACGGACGCGAUUUUCUUGAAACUCGCUGCGCCUCAGUUGGUGCAAAUGUUCAUUGGCGACGGCGCGAAACUCGUGCGCGACGCGUUUGAGCUGGCCAAGGAAAAGUGCAAGGACCAAGGACGUGGCGGCGCGAUUAUCUUUAUUGACGAGCUGGAUGCCAUUGGAACCAAGCGCUUUGGCGGUGAACAGUCGGGUGACCGGGAAGUGCAGCGCACCAUGUUGGAGCUGCUGAACCAGUUGGACGGAUUCACGAACAACACAAAGAUCAAGGUCAUUGCUGCGACGAAUCGUCCUGAUGUGUUGGACCCUGCUCUCCUUCGGUCUGGACGUCUGGAUCGCAAGAUUGAACUGCCGCACCCGACGGAAGAAGCUCGUGCUCGUAUUUUGCAGAUUCACUCGCGUAAAAUGAAUGUCGACACGGAAGAUACCAACUUUGACGAGCUGGCGCGCUCGACGGACGACUUUAACGGUGCACAGCUGAAAGCGGUCUGUGUGGAAGCUGGUAUGCUGGCACUGCGUCGCGAAAGCAACGUGAUCAAGCACGAAGACUUUAUGGAAGGCAUAUCUGUCGUGUCGGCCAAGAAGAAAGCGACGCUGCAGUACUACGCGUGA